CAGUAAACGUGCUCCUACUUUUCCAUAACGGCUACAUUUUCCCACACACAAAAAAACGACAAAAGAGAUCCACACACCUUUUUUGUUCUCACCUUCCCUUUUUCAGCAGACCGUUACUCCUUCUCCUUACUUAACAAACCCCAAACCCAUUUCUCUCUUUCGCUCUCUGCGGUUUCGUCAUGACGGUCGCAGCCACAGCCACUGCACGCACCAAGAGAAUCUUCAAGCUCACUCUCUCCCUUCUCGGUCUCGGAUUCAACUCUUCCAAAUGUAAAACGGCGGCGAAGAUGGCGGUGGCCAGGAUUAAGCUGUUAAGGAACAAGAGGGAGGUGGUGGUUAGGCAGAUGAGACGCGACAUUGCGCUUCUUCUUCAGUCUGGUCAAGAUGCCACCGCUCGUAUCAGGAAUAUCGCCUCCCUCGUAAAGACUUUCGUGGAUCCUUCCAAGCAACACCACUAUAACUCUAAAUCCCCACAAGGAUACGUGGCCUCCAACCAAUUAUGGACGCACCACCACACGACUAUGAAUGAAUGCAUGAUUAUGAAUGCAUGAAUGCGGACACUUUAAUAAAUCA